AUGUUACUUUUUAAUGUGAUAUAUUUCACAUGUGCUGUAAUCAUAUUUUCCUUCCAAUAUAUUAAUAAUGAUAACUGGCAUACCAAUAUACAUAAUGUAGACAAAACAAGAUACUCAUUAAAUAUAUAUUUUAAAAGAUUAUUGUUAGAAAAUAAUGAAACUGCUCAAUUAGAAGAAAAUUCUGAUGAAUAUUUAUCAACACAAUUGGAUGAUAAUCAAAGUACAAUAAGUGUUGAGGAAUGUGAAAAAUCUUUAAAAGAAUUUUUUGAUGAUUGUAAGAGAGAAAAUUAUCCAGGGAAGGUUUUUCAUUUAUGCGAUUAUGUAGACGAUAUAGAAGAAAUAAAAAGAGGGGGCUCUAAAACAAAUAUUUUAUUAGAAGAAUAUGGGGAUGCAGUAAUAUAUGAUAAAGAGGAACUACUAAUUAUUUCUGAACUUUUGAAUACUUACCUUGAAGAUGAGAGACAUUUAUGUAUGAUAAAAAAAAUAUUGGACUAUACAAAAAUAUAUAGAAACCCUUUAUUAUACGCAAGGUAUAAAAUUAAAAAAUUCUUUAAAAGAUAUAUCAAAAGAACUAAAUAA